UCGGCAGCGGCGCCGACGUCGUAUACAGUCUCCCGAGCGGGAGUAAAAGGCGCGCGCUCGCGAGCGGGGUAGGGGGUUGCUGAAUGAAGUGCCGGGACGCACCUCGGCGCGAGGCACUUGGUCGCGGUCUCUCCGACUCGGAAGUCAGCCGCACACCGGAACGAGUAUAUCCUGCGAACGCCACGGGAUAUACAUAACGCAACACGCCAACGAACGAACGAACGAUCUCCUCUCACGUGUGCGAACCCGAUAGACGCGUCGAGUGGAGUUACCGACGCUGCUCUCAUUUGCAAAGAGACACCACUUGUGGAACGAUCCCUGAAUUUUCGAGCCGCCUUCUGGACGAGCUGAGGGGAUAAGAAUUGUUUGUCUCCUACGAGGAUUAUUCGGAUAAUUUCAACGAGCGAAAAUGCCGAGCAGCGAAAGGAUAACCAAGCCAAGCCUCCUGCACCGACUGAUCCUGGUCGUCCUACUGGCGUCCAGCUGCCAGUGCGCGCCGUCCUUCAAUCCGAAGCCCUCGUGGCGCGUCGGCGAGGAGGACAACGAGCCGACGAUCCUGGCGUCCCAGUGUAAUCCAACGACCGGCAGAUGCUGGGGUUGGCUACCGAUCCUAGACUCGGCCCGGCUCGAUUCCGACUACACCCUCGAGCAGGAGCCCGAGUACGACAAGGUGCAAGCCAUUCGCGUGCGAGACGUCGAGCAGGCUUCUGAGCUCUGGCGAGACGUGCCGUCGGCUUACGUGUCCGCAUCCGAGGCCAGAGAGCAUCUGCUGCAACAGCCCGCAGCAGCAGCUCUACCCGCCGCCGGCAGACUGUCCAAGAAGGACGUCUUCAUGUCGAGAGGAUGGGGCGCCGGUGGCAUGCCCUUCUCCGUGCUCUACAUGAGUCCCAGGGCUAACCACCCACCACCUUCAGGUUCCUCGCAAGCUGACGCUGGCAAGAGUAGCGGCGACCAGGGCCGAAGAAGUGGCAGCGAGUCGUCGCCCUCGGCUGCCGCCCAAACCAACAACCAGUCCAACUAUCGGGUGGCCCUGAGAAACGGCAACCUUGGCCAGCCUCGACGCCACUACUCCAUCAUACCCCAGCUGUUUAUAUCGUACGGCUGGGGUCCGUCGGGCAAGUAGACGUCGACGAUGACGAUAUCUCCCGCUUCCUCCCUUCUCUCUAUCUCUCUGUAUCAGCUGUGUUGACGUGUCCGAGCUCUUCGCUGAUUUCUCGCGAUCUCGGACUUGAUUUUUCACAACGUCGUUCCGUAAGUAGAAGCGCGCACGCGCCAGGUUGCGGGAUUUCCCGUGUGGUUGCUGCGCACGUUAGUUAGACUUAUUUCACUGUAGAAGAUUAAACUUGAUAGCCAAAUGAAAAAUUGUAUGCAAAUUUCACGUGUUAUUUUGACUAUCCUUUCGUGUCGAAAGUAAUUCCCGUAGAGCACGAUAGCAAGAAUAGCGGAAUUUCGCAUUUCCGCGAGGCUUUGAAGAACAAAACGCGCCUGGCUCGGCCGCGCCACGAUCUCACCCAUUUAACGUCUUUUGAUUCGCGACAAAGAAUUCUUCGUGCUAUUAAUAUACAUUUUCAAAACAUAACAAUCAAGAUUGUACAUCAACGACUCCCUGCUCCUUUCUGUGCGUUUAAAUCAUAUAAUAGUAUAUUGUGCAAGUAGGGGGGAAAAAAUUUUACCCGAGGUAGAAAUUGCCCUCCCCCCCUUGUUGCACACUGUACUUUUUUUGACAAGUGCCUGUAAAGACCCGUUUUCACGCAUAUAGAGUGAAUGGUAAGUUGCGCAUUUUGAGUCGUAAACCACGCUCUCUCAAAAAAUAUCAAUAAUUUUCAAAAAUUUUCAAAAAUUUUCCAAAAUUUGAGUGUUUUUGAGUGGUUAUGAGUAGCGGGAGGGAAUGGCUAUUUCCUCCCGCACGCUCGAAAUGAGCAGCUUGCCAUUCACUUUAGAGGCAUGGAAACGGGUCUUUUUCAUGCACGUGUUAAGAAAAACAUUAUUAUAUAUUGCAAAGGGUCGUAGCGUAUGCAUACGAAGAAAUUUCAUUUUUUUCCCUCGACACAUUAUAUUAUAUACCUUAGCGAGUAAGCAAGAAUUGCAAUCAUUCAAUUAGAGUAAAGGGUGCUGUCCUGUACUUCCAUACUAAUUACGAACGUUAAUGUAGCCUUUCAAUAUAAACCAUAUAAGGCGAUUGCUCAUUGUAGCGAAGUGCGUUUGUCUAUGUAAACUGCUAUGCAACGUCUUGAAUAGUGAAAUCAUAAGUUACAUUGAAAAUCAAAGCUGAAAUGUCUUGACCAAGUUGGAGAAAAUAUACUAUGCAGUAUUAUUUAUGAGAGAUACAUUGAAAAUGUUCUAUUCAUUCUAGAAAUGAUCAUCAUUUACUAUUUUUACUUAACAAGCUAAGUAGGAAAAAGUUUAUGCAUCAAGCAUAUUGAUGUAAUUUUCAUUGCAAGCCAAAAUAAUAAUUUUAAAAUACUUUCAUCAUUCAAGACGUUUAAAUUAAUUUUCAUUCGUUAGCAGAGAUUCAUGACGUUCACAAAAGAGCCUGUUAAAGCUCUGAUAUCUUUUUGAAUGCAACUAGUAAUUGUAUGUACUUAAAUCUCAUAAAACCAUAAAUGUAAUAAGAGAAAAAAAACAAAAAAAAAAACGUAAAUCGUAGUAAAUCGAGUGACAGAAAAAACUUCGUAAAAUUAAGGAUUAACGAGUAGUAACUGACUGGCUAUCGCGCAAAACGAAUAUAGCAGAUUGCAGAUAUCUGCACGAGAUCUCUUAUCGAUGGUACAAUAAAAUUUUAUUUUCAAGACAAAUAAAAGAGUAUGUAAUUUUA